ACGCCACUGUCAACAUUGAAUGAUUGAACGACACUUUACACGAAUUUCGAAAUUUGCGAAAGCAAUCGUGGAAUUAUUUUUAAUUCGACUAGAUAUAAUAGGUGUCUUGCGGUUUAUUUGUUUUUAUAUUUAAAUAAAGAUGGCUUUCUCCAUGUUUCUUCGCAAUUCAGCAUGCACAAGCCGCAUAUUCAGCCAGCAAGUAAUGUGGCUAGCCACACAGCCUGCAUUUACCCAGCGUGCCGCAGCUGCCUCGGUGCCCCUGAAGAGCUUAGCUCUUACCCAGACCAACUGCACACCUAUUCUUAAUGCUGUGCGCUCCUUCCGCACGACGGCACCCGCCUUGGCCGAGCAUGCUCACGACCACUCCAAACUCUGGGUCAUUGAGAAGGCAGUCACCGCUACCAUGGUGCCCCUCGUCCCACUCGCACUUUUGAUGCCCAACAAAAUAUUCGACUCGCUACUGGCUAUUCUCAUCUGUGCUCAUAGCUUCUGGGGUCUGGAGGCCAUAGCUGUUGACUACGUCCGCGCCAGCAUAUUCGGCCCCUUCAUCCCGAAGCUGGCCAUCGGCCUCGUCUACCUCAUCUCCAUCGCGACGCUGGGCGGCUUGUUCUACCUCAUCAGCCAUGACGUGGGCCUCGCUAACGCCGUCAAACAAUUCUGGGCAGUUAAGGCUAAGCAGGCGUAGGUUUGAGUGGGGAGCCUUUUUUACAUGCAGCUUGAUACGUAUUUAGAGGCACUGGUCCCACCGCGAGGUAAUCAGCUAUGAGCUUAUAGGCUAUAAAAACGACAAAAGAUAAGCACUCCCGUGCAAAUAAAAGAGACACGGCUAUUUCGAUAGCUCACCGCUGGACGAGUAACUAUAAACAUCGCAGUGUCUCUUAUUUGCACGGGAGUGAUUAUCUUUUGUUCGUUUUUAUAGCCGAUAAGCUCAUAACUUACUAGCUCGCGGUGGGACCAGUGCCAGAAUGAGUGUUCUACGGAAUUAGCUAUCUUUUCAUUUGUAUUUGUCUUCCUAAGUGCAUUCAGCGAAGGCUGGUUUUAGCACAGUAUAAGGACGACUCAGUGACGCGACCGGCAUCAUCCGGUUUCGCAUGUACUCUCUGCACCUCGCUGCGUGCGAGCGCUACUCAAGGACAAACCGCGCUGCGCAAAAUUUGUUAGAAGAGUUAUUACUGAGUCGUCCUUAUACUGUGGUUUUAGUAUCACGCGGACCGAUCCGAACGACAAAAAUGUUGGAAAACCCAUCCGCUUUACUCUAAAACGCUCCCGGAACUUCAUUCAUAUUAGUCCGGUGCGGAUUGCUCCGGUCGGUCCGCGUGACAAUCUUAAGUACUGGUCAAUUCACAGGAGUUGGCACGAAUGUGUGAAUGAAAAUAUCUAUGUGUGUGACAGAACCAAUAAAAUAGUGACUCUUGAGGGUUACGACUGUAUACCGAUGUCACACACAGAAUAAAAAAAUUCGUUCAUUCCAUUCGUAGUGUUAGGUACUUUUUCAAUUCUAAAUUAUCCGCGAAAAAUGCCGUGUUUUCUUAAUAUUAAAGUAUAUGAGUUACUUUUCCUAUGACAAAAUAAAUGACAAAGUUAGACGAAAAACAUGCAUUGAACUUUGUACGAUACACGUAGAAUACUCAACACUAAAAGAUUAGUAUAAAAAAACAUAUGCAUGUGAAAAAGGUAAAAAAAAAUUAGACAAAUCGGUAGAGCCAAACUCUCUGAACUAUUUCACCAUUAAUGAGGAAUUAUAAACAUUCUGUGGCCUAUUUCACAACGCAGUGACAUUAACAAUUUUGUGCCUAUUUCUAACAUUAUUACUCAGUCAAUAUUUUUUGUUGAACAGGCAAUGAACGGCAAAGUGCCACUGUGGUGAAACAGGCCACUGAAGUGAUUUGGCUGUCUGAAACUGUUGUAAUUUUCUAGUUAUUUAUUUUGUGUGUUCAGAGAUUUUUAAACACAGCUGGCUCUAGCGAUUUGUACAACCCACUCUAAAGUUACAAGUAAUAAUUGCUACUAUAAAUAAACUCAUUUAUAGAUAAGUUGUCUCGAUUAUUAUUUUUAAUUGAGAAAACAGCAUUUUAUAUAUUUAAGGUAAUUUUACCUUUGUUUAACACCCAAUAGUUUUUUGGGAUUAUUAUAGUAGCAAAUUCUACUUAUAACUAAGAUUUUUUGGAAAUUUUGCCAGAUAUUUGACUUGAGAAUGUAUUAGGUCAUCUUUUACAAGUUUUAAGGUUAUCCCAGGCUGUAAUUAUUUAUUUUAGUGACAUAUACCUACUUAAAUUCGAAAUUUUAAUGAGAUUUAAUUUUAUUGGCUUAUAUUUAAAUUAUUUUUAAUGGACUAUUUGUAUAUUUGCAUGUUUGCCUCGAAUCAGACAUCUGGCUGGGGAUCGUUCAUUUUUUACGUGAGAUCUUACUGUUGCAAUAUACUUGUACAAAAUUUAAAAAUGAAUAUCAGUGUGACUGAAAAGUAUUUCUUGUAUCAGAAUUUAAUCAGCUUACGUAAUAAAUGAACGGACUCAUUCGAGACAAUACCAGGUACUUAAUGCGUAGCACAAUUCUUUACUUUUUGAAAGUAUUAAUUCGGUUUAGUAUAGUUACGAUUGUGCUGUGAAGUAUCGGUGGGUUUUGAUGUGAUUAAUUUAUUAUAGUUUAAUAAAGGAAGUACCUUUUA